CUAAAUAGUGGCUUCUUAAAUGGCUCGUAUAAUAUCGGUCAAAAGAUUCUCUUUGAGGAUGGUACUAUAUGGUUGCUCCGUUUCCCUUGUGUGAAGAGUAUUUGCCCUAAAUACGCCGAUAAAAAGGUAGUUAUAGAAGUGGAGGCUCUUUCUCUUAUCCGCGAAAGGAUAAGUGUUCCUGUUCUAGAUAUCAAAGCCUGGGGCCUUACUAAUAGUAAUCCUUUGGGUCUUGGCCCUUUUAUCUUGAUAGACUUUAUCGACGGGGUUUGUCUAAAUGACGUAUUUACUAGAGGCAAUUCUAGGCUACUUAAAAAAGAAAUUCCAGAUAGUGAUCUCGAGAUUGUGUAUAGACAGAUCGCGAACUUUAUAUUGCAAAUUUUCGAGAUUAAUUUCGACCGAAUCGGAAGUUUGCCCACGCCAAGGACUGGUGAUCGAACCACGGGUUUCUCGACAACCUUGGCGUAUUUUCAGUACAUUAUUGACCAAGACUGGCAAUAA